ACAAACUAUUUACCAGCAGUACUGGUUUUAAAUAUCGACCUUAUAUAAGUCGAUUGGAUCUGUGGUUCCACUGUAGCGAUAUAUAACUCUAUCACCCUUCAUAAUGAAGUUCUCCGGUAUUGCCUCUGCCUUCCUGGCCAUUGGAUCAGCCAUUUUCGGUGCUGCUUCUGCCUCCUACGCCGGUGAGAACGACAACGCAGGUAUCCUUUCUGAGCUUAUGAUUGUUAAAAACAAUGAGGACUUUGUAGCUCGUAGGUACGGUACCUUCAACCUGCCCAACUUGGUACCUGGUGAGGAGAGCUCACCCGCUGGCGAGCCCUCCAACCCUGGUGCUGGUGACGCCGAGCUUUGAUU